AUGGGGUAUUACCAGCCAAAGCCCCAGGGUCAUAGCCUCAAAAAAGAGCAGCCUCAGGCCUCCAUGGCUGAGAGUUCCUUGCCACGAGACUCAAAGAAAGGGAAGACCCUUAUUGUACCAGAGGUAUUCCCGGAAGAUCCAGACGAAAGAGUACCUUUCUCGGCCAGGAUCUUGAAUGAGAGAUUGCCCAAAGGUUAUAUAGCUCCGUUGAUUGGGGAGUACGACGGGAGCAAGGACCCGGAGGAGCACUUACGAAAAUUUAAAAAUGCAGCCCUGCUGCAUCAAUACAGUGAUGCUGUCAAAUGUAGAGUUUUCUUGAACACUUUAGCUGGCUCGGCUUUAAAGUGGUUUGAUGGGCUACCUCAAGGGUCCAUCACCUGUUUUUUGGACUUCAAGACGGCUUUUCUACGUCGAUUUGCUAGCAGUAAGAAGUAUCAGAAGACAAAUCAUUGUCUCUUCGCUCUGAAGCAAGGGCCGACUGAGCCCUUAAGAAGUUAUAUCAACCGCUUUAAUCAAGUGGCCCAGGAUGUUCCCACUGCCACUUCAGAGAUUCUGAUGAGUGUCUUCUCUCAUGAAUUGGGAGAAGGAGAAUUCUUCAGAGAUCUUAUCAAAAAUCCUGCUCGAAAUUUUGAUAAGAUGGUGGAAAAGGCUGCCUCCUACAUCAAAGUGGAAGAAGCACAAGCCGCUCGGAGGAAAGCUGAGAGACCACCCCCUUCUACCAACAAGCAGGAAAGAAGAAUAGCUCAACCACCUCCUCAACCUCUGCCAUGCGCCCGGGAGGCCAGACCUGCUUUCCAUCCUGGGCUGGAGAUCAGACCCGCUCCUUGA